AUGGCGGAGUUGAGAGAAAUGAUGAAGAUACGGAAAGAUGGAGGAAGGAGAAAUUUGGAUGAAGCGAUAGAAGAAGCAGGAAAAACACCUUUUGCCAGAAGAAUACAACUUGCGAUCAUACCUCCAAAAUGUAGCUUACCUAAUUUUACCAGCAUAUUUGAUGGAAGUACUUGUGCGAUACAACAUGUAAAAGCAUAUAGUAGAUCUCUAUUACAGCGGGAAGAGAACGAUGCGGUAUUGUGCAAGUAUUUUCCAGCCAGCUUGACAGGGGAAGCUCUACAAUGGUUCGAAGGGUUUCCGGUAGGAAUGAUUGAGUCAUUUUCUCAUUUACAGAACCUCUUUCUCGGACAAUAUAUUAGCAAUAAUAUGUCACGACCGGGAAUAGAAAAGGCGUUCAGUCUGCGAAGAAGAUUAAAUGAAAGUAUGCGAGAUUUACUAUACACUCAAAUUUUCAGGAUAAAGGACUCAAUUACCAUGCGAGAACUGCACGAUUAUCAGGAGGAAUAUAUAGUUUUGGAAGAAAAGAAGAUGGAAAUGGAGUCCUUUCCAAUGAUGAUGCCAAAUACGAAAGAAGGAAAUGCCAGUUUACUCCCAAGGUUAACAAAUGCUGUAGCAAGUACAUCUCAAGGAAGCCAAGGAAAUAAAAUAACAAAAGUAGAGAAAAAAUUAGUGGCAAUGGGCAGUGGAGAUCAAGAAGAGUUCGAAAGAGAAUACAAAGAAAAACAAUUUCAGAAUCGCGGAGGGAACAAUAAAAUUCAAAGAAUGGAUAAUCCACAAGAAAAUUAUGGAGGUCAACAACAACAACAACAGCAGCCAUACUAUAAUAAGAGGCAGGAAAAUCAAAAAAUAAUCUGGGGACGGAUAAAACUCCCACCACUAAAUACAACAAUAGACAAAAUUUGGGAAGCCGUUAUUUUAUUGGAAGAAAUUCCUGAACCGACAAAUUUAGGAGAUGAACCACCACCAGGAAGGAGGAGUAAAGAAUUCUUUGCCUACUAUCGCUUCCAUGGUCACACCACACACAAUUGUAGAAAUGUGAGAAAGAUUAUAUUGCGAAUGAUCGAUCAAGGAAAACUAAACCACUUCUUGGAACAACAACAACAGAACUUACCACUACCCCCACCAGGAGGAAACACAUAA